AUGGGCAUACGCGGCGUCGUCAUGUUCUAAUUUCAGACACCCGCAACAAACAAGCAUCGAGUGCCAAAUUAAAAGCUUGAAAUUCUCCGGCCGCUACAGCCCGGGUUUGUCCGGCUGUGGUUGGACGUCACCCAGGAGGGUGGUGUUGGAAAUCAGCCGGAGAUCCCCUCAACCAGGGGACCAAACAGGAUGCCCUAGGAGACUACCACAAUCAAUGAGCCCCCCAAAUCAAUAUCAUGCCCCAUUCCCCGGAUACUGACCGUUGGAGGCUUCUGCAGAUACAGGACGGGCAAAAUAUACCCACCUAUCAGAGGUACAAUGCUGGUCCAAUACACAAUGUGUGAAGGGUCUCCCCAUCCCCGAGUUGCUUCGCUACAAGAAGCCAAGACGGACUCGGCCGUCGUAAGGCCAUGGAUCUCCACCUCCAACCAAGGAAUUCAGUAUGUGGUCUACCGCCUUGCUCCUGGUGCUCAGCACCGUCAUCCUCCCCGCCUCCGCCGCCAUCGUCAAGGAGGGCUCAACAUGCAUCGUGACUCCUAUCUCCGAAACCCCGGCGGCCGUCGCCCAACGUAGCCUCGGCACCGUACCCCUAGAGCAGCGUGACCCCAACCCGGAAGACAACCCGGCCACAGACAACAACAGCCCCUGGGUCAACCACGGCGACUACCCGCGCGCCGAACCGGGCUCGCACCACCCCCCGGCCGUAUCCCACCCCCAGAGCAGCAGCAGCAGCAGCAGCAGCAGCAGCAGCGAGCUCCAACCCAACCCCAACACCAACACCAACCCCCUGAUCACCCCCCGCCAAAACCGACCCGACGACACGCCCCAAAUCCUCUCAGCCUUCUCGCAAUGCGGCCAGGACGGCACCAUCAUCUUCCGCGAAGGGACCUACCACAUCCGGCAGGUGAUGGACACGCUCGACCUGCGCAACGUGACGGUCGAGAUCCACGGCACCUUCCUGUGGAGCGCCGACAACCUGGCCUACUGGCGCCAGGCCAGCUUCGGCGUCACCUACGCGGGCCGCCAGACGGCGUGGCGGGUUGGGGGGAGGGAUAUUACGAUUAGGGGGUUUGGGAAGGCGCUGUUUGAUGGGAAUGGGCAGGCGUGGAUUGAUCUGGCGCGGGGGCAGGGGAAUUUGAAUGGGAGGCCGAUUUCGUUGACGGUUUGGUAUGGGACGAAUGUGUGGAUUGAUGGGAUUACUUGGCGGAUGGCGCAGUUCUGGCACACCUUUAUUGCGCACUCGCAGAAUGUGACCAUGACGAACCUCGACAUGGAAACAUUCUCGUCAAAUGAGCUGAGCUCCCAGAAUACGGAUGGGACAAAUACCUGGAACUCCAAGGAUGUCACCAUCGCGAACUGGAGGGUCAAGUGUGGUGAUGACUGCAUCGGCGUCAAAGGCAACAGCACAAACGUCCAUGUCCGCAAUGUUACCUGCGAGGAGUCCGGCGUUAUGACCAUCGGCAGCAUUGGCUCCAAUUCUGCGCAACCCGACUACGUCGAGAACGUCGUCUUCGAGGACAUCAAGGCCGUCCACUCAAGCAACGCCGCCUGGAUCAAAACAUACCCUGGCAAUGGCUACGUCCGCAACGUCACCUUCCGCAACAUAGAAUUUGAGGACGUCAACCAGCCCAUCUACGUGACUUCGUGCAUCUACUCGUACCAGAACUGCGACUCCUCGCGGCUCAAGAUCAGCGACGUCCGCUGGCAGAACAUCACGGGCACGAGCAGGUACAAUGUCGCUGUGGGGAUCCACUGCAGCGCGUCGACGCCGUGUGAGGGGUUCCAUUUCGAGAACAUUGAUAUCAAGCCCAAGAAUGGCGGUACCGCCAAGAUUCUGUGCUCGAACAUCAGAAACCAGGCGAGCAUGGGGUUGCAGUGCACCGGGCCGUGUCCGGGGUCGCAUCCUCAGCAGUUGUCGGGGAAUGUGUGAUCCGAGGCCGCCAGAGCGGUUGGGCGGUGGUGAGGGAUCGAAAGUAGAAUAACUGGAUCGGAUUGAUGAGUGAAUUGAGUUAUGACGUUAGAAGGAACAAUUCGAUGUGUCUGUUUCAAGCAUUGUGACCAUGAAUGAAACUGCUCCUCGCAAAAAGUAUAUGAAGCAUUUUAGCUUGCAUGGCGGCUUGCGGAACCAAAUGGGAAUUCCGUCAUAGUAUUAUACAAGUAGUGCUUUUGGAAGCAAUGACUUCGACGGUUGUUUAUCGUAACGGAACCAUUGUACAAUCAAAUACCCGGGCAUCGAAGUUGG